CGCGCCAAUUUGUGGCAUAUGAGUGUAAUAUUGUGUAGCGAACAAAACGCUGUCGACAUUUUGGUUUGCGUUUGUAAUUUUUGGGCUUUUAAAUAUUAAAGAUUAGUUAUGGCGGAGACGGAGCAUUAUAUUAGGGAUAUACAGCGUGAAUACGUUGACUUUUUGGAUGAUGAAGAGGAUCAGGGCAUUUAUUCAGGGCUAAUUAAAGACAUGAUUGCUGAAAAGAGCCGCCGAUUGAUCGUCAACAUUAAUGAUUUGAAACGUAAAAAUCCGCAGCGCGCUCAAGGUCUUCUUUCGAAUGCUUGUGACGAACAGUUAGCAUUUGGGCGAGCGUUAAAAGAAUAUGUUGCGACCAUUGAUCCUACCUACGCAAAGCAACAUGAAGAUUUCUUCGUUGGAUUUGAAGGUUGUUUUGGAAAUCGUCAUGUUACACCACGUUCUUUAACAUCAAUUUAUUUGGGAAAUUUAGUAUGCGUUGAAGGUAUUGUUACUAAAGUUUCCUUGAUCCAUCCCAAGGUCGUGCGAAGCGUACAUUACUGUCCAGCUACAAAAAAAGUAAUGGAAAGGAAAUAUACGGAUUUGACUUCGUUUGAAGCAGUACCUUCUAGUGCUAUCUAUCCAACAAAAGAUGAUGAGGGGAAUUUGUUAGAGACAGAAUUUGGACUUUCUGUGUAUAAAGACCAUCAAACAAUAACCAUACAAGAAAUGCCUGAAAAGGCUCCGGCUGGUCAGUUACCUCGAUCUGUAGAUAUCAUAUGCGACGACGAUAUGGUGGAUCGUUGUAAACCUGGAGAUCGUGUACAGAUCGUAGGCAGCUACCGUUGCCUACCAGGAAAGUUUGGAGGAUAUACAUCUGGAACUUUUCGCACAGUGUUGCUAGCCAAUAAUAUAUCACUAUUAAGUAAAGAUAGUAAUAUGGAUAUUAGUCGCGAAGACAUCAUUCUGUGCAAAAAACUCGCUAAGAAUAAUGACAUUUUUGAUUUGUUAGCAAAAAGCUUAGCACCUUCAAUUCACGGGCAUGCCUUCGUAAAGCGAGCAAUAUUAUGUUUGUUGUUAGGAGGUGUAGAAAAGGUUUUGCCAAAUGGCACUCGUUUACGUGGUGACAUCAAUGUUCUCCUUAUAGGCGAUCCAAGUGUAGCAAAGUCUCAAUUAUUGCGAUAUGUAUUAAACACCGCGCCUAGGGCGAUUCCCACAACUGGUCGUGGUUCCAGUGGCGUAGGUUUAACGGCUGCUGUAACGACUGACCAGGAAACUGGCGAGAGGCGUUUAGAAGCGGGUGCAAUGGUUUUAGCAGAUCGAGGCGUUGUUUGUAUCGACGAAUUUGAUAAGAUGAGUGACAUAGAUCGUACAGCAAUUCACGAAGUUAUGGAACAAGGGCGUGUAACGAUAUCAAAAGCUGGUAUACAUGCUUCAUUAAAUGCGCGUUGCUCAGUUUUAGCGGCAGCUAAUCCAGUCUAUGGAAGAUAUGACCAAUACAAGACACCAAUGGAGAAUAUUGGUCUUCAAGAUUCUCUUCUUUCCCGUUUUGACUUAUUAUUCGUAAUGUUGGAUGUAAUUGAUAGCGAUAUUGAUCAGAUGAUUUCAGAUCACGUUGUCCGGAUGCACCGCUAUCGCAAUUCAAAAGAAACAGAUGGUGAACCUCUCUCAAUGGGAAGCACUUAUGCCGACUCUUUAUCUUUUGCUUCAAAUUCAGACGAGAAAAAAGAAACUGAAAUCUAUGAAAAAUAUGAUCCUUUGCUACAUGGUAGAUCACGAAGGCGACAAGACAAAAUUUUAUCUGUCGAUUUUAUGCGUAAAUAUAUUCAUAUUGCAAAAUGCAUGAAACCAAAGCUGAGCGAACAAGCUUGUGAAGCUAUUGCUACUGAGUAUUCCUGUUUGCGUUCUCAAGAAAAUAUUCAGUCUGAUGUUGCACGCACACAACCAGUAACUGCUCGAACAUUAGAAACUCUCAUUCGACUUUCCACAGCACAUGCGCGGGCUCGUAUGUCAAAAACUGUAACCGCCGAUGAUGCUGAAGCUGCUAUAGAGUUAGUGCAAUUUGCUUAUUUUAAGAAAGUAUUGGAAAAAGAAAAGGGCAACAAACGUCGCCGUGACGGUUCAAUUUCCGAUGCUGAAGAAACUAAUAGCAACGAAAAGUCGUCUGCUCGAAAAAAUAAGCGAACACGCAGAGAGUCUUCACAACAAGAGCCCUCCAGUGUUGCCUAUGACACUGAUGAAGAUAUAGAAACUCCUCAGCCAGAUGCUGGUGAUUUAACUCGCCGUGAAACAAGACGUUCCUUGUCAGGUCGUAAGUCAAACGCUGCAGGGGCUACAGGACUACAAUCGAACGAAGAAAGUACACAAGGCUCACACAGUUCGGCCGAAGUUACACCUCCUUCUAUAUCGAAUGCAAGGUUGAGCAGUUUUAAAAACAGUUUGCAAAGAUUGUUCCGAGAAGCGCGCGAACAGAGUUUAUCUCUUGAACGCAUCACCACUACAAUUAAUGAAAAUAAUUCCGAACAGUUUUCUAAUUCUGAAAUUGAAGCUGCCAUGCAUCAAAUGACUGAAGAUAAUCAAGUCAUGGUUGCCGAUGGCAUUGUUUUCCUAAUAUAAAUUUUUCCCCGUUUCUCGACAAAACUUGCAUUCAUUUUUUUAUAAACAUUUAAGUAUUUGCUGAUUAAUAUUUUCUAUUGUUUACUACUGUUCUUUGAAUGAAUUAAAGUUUAUUUUUAAAUUAA